AUGAAUUUUUUUUGUGGGAAUAUAGAUGAAUCAGAUACAGAUAGUGAGGAAUCAUAUGUUAGUGGGUCUGAUACACUUUUUGAUGAUGAUUACAUUCACGAUGACUUCAACUUGUGUGGAUUCAGCAGUCUAGUUCCCUACUUGGAUGUUGAAUCUUCUCAUGGAGAGAUGUUUAUAGAGGAACAGAAUGAAUUGAUCGAGUCAGCUGCUGAGAUGCUUUAUGGUCUGAUUCGUGCUCGUUACAUAUUGACAAGCAAACAGCAAAGGGUUGGCUGCUAUGGUAAUUAG